GGUAGUCAUCCGUGGAGCGCGACCUUGAAGAGAAACAUUACAGAGAUGGGGAAAUGGUGUGAAAUUAAAACAGCAGUCAGAGGUGGCAUAGAGGAGGAAGAUUAAUAGUCAUGGUGUCUAGUUUUAAAAUGGAGUCCACUCACCUCCUGGGCAACUCGAAGAAGAGGGUAAAGAUCCACCCACAAACAGUCACAGCCAAAUAUGCCACACGCACCCCUUACUCCCCUCAGCCUGGAGUACACACGCACUUCCCCCAGCCCGGAGACGAAGGCUAUGAUGAGGCUCCGUCUUUUGAGGACUUUGGUUCUUUCCUGGAGGAGACGUCUGACAAAAAACAGUUGACGGAAAGCAAGAAGUGGCCUCUGACGCUGUUCGGCUCCACAGAUAAAGAUAAGGAGAUGCCCAGCAAACCUCAGGCCGCAGGGGGAGGAGAUGGAAGUGACGUGGGAGUCCGAGCUGCAAAGGGGUCUGGAAGAGGCGUAGGGGAGCAACUGGCCAGUUUCGGGGAGGCGUCUGUGUCUGCGUCUCGGCUCACCUGGGUGGGACUCCUCUGCGCCGCCGUCGUUCACGGCUGUUUGAUCAUUCUAACCCGUUUGGCCUCUGAACACUUCGGCCUCUGCCCCUUGUUUCUGCUCUUGGUUCGCUCCAUCAUCCAGCUCCUCUCUGUGGGUGUACCUCUACAGAGGGGUGAGAACCCUUUUGGCCCAGAGGGUUUUCGUCUACGUCUGCUGUGUUACGGAAUAGCCUACUCCCUCUCCCUCUGCUGUACCUACUCUUCCUUAACCUUCAUCACACCAGGAAUUACUACAACAACCUGGCGCCUGGUGACUACCGCGCUGUCAGCUACUCUGGCCUUCCUGCUCCUGGAGGAAAAGCUGGGAUUGGCUGACGGAAUCACCAUAGCUGCAGGUCUGUGCGGUUUGGGGCUUGUUUUGCUUCCCACAGCAGAUGAGAACGAGUCCAAUUCACCAACUGACCCAGUGGUGUUCUGGAGGGGUGCAUUUGGCUGGUCUCUUUCUGCGCUGGCGGGGUUGUGGAUGGCUCUGGCACUGGUCACCUAUCGGUCCCUGAAGGAGCGGGUGGGACUCGGCACCGCCCUCUUUACCAUAAGCUGGACUGGAUGUGUGCUGGCCUCAGGUUCCUUUGCCCUGCUCCAGGAGGCCUGGUCCUGGCCUGUGAGUGUCUCAGCUUGGGGUGUGGUCCUGGGGCUUGUUGCCUGCUCGGUAGCAGCUUUUCUUGGGAUGACACAUGCCCUCACUCGACUUCACCCAGCUCUGGUCUCCGCGUCUCAAAGCUUGGAGAUACCCGUUGCCAUGGUGCUGCACCUGGCCAUGCUGCCACUUGUGCCCACGGCCCCUGAGGUUGUCGGGAACAUAAUGGUGGUUCUGAGCGUCGGUUGGCUGGUGGCACUGAAGCUGCUCCCCUCUCGUGGUGGUGGGAGGCACCAGAGGGAGGAAUAUGAAGAGAUUUUGGACUCCCCCAUUAAAUAGGAACUUUUCCUCAUCACACUUACUGUAUGUCUCUCAAUCUGCACACCCUUGCUUUGUUACAUGUACAUAAAAGACUGCUCAGUGUCUAUCGAAGAAUGAUCUAUUUUGUAUUGUUAGCUUUUUUGGAAAGUGCCAACAUUGUGUUGUCUGUUAUAGUGACUACGUGAUGUGAAAUUAAACACUCUGAUUAACAC